CGCCAUUACGAAUCUCUAGGUUACUGCUUUUAUUUUCUCUUUUGAUGUGGUCUUUGCAAGGACUGGCAUUUUCUACAUCUGUCAGCAAGCAAAGAAGCUGAUUAUGACAGUACAUCUAAAGUUACUUAUGCCUGAUGGAUCAUUUUAUGAAAACGAUUAUGACCAAAGUACUACAGUCGAAGAGAUAACCAGUUCUUUAUUCAAAAACUGGCCUCAUAGUUUGGGAAAUAAACCAGUAUCUAACCACCUGAAACUCAUAUUUCAGGGCAGAUUCCUUUCUGGAGAUUUGACGCUCGUAGAAUUGAAAUUACCUCCUGAACAAAUCACAAUGCAUUUAAUUCAACAUGAAACAAUGCCAUUGCCAAGAAUUAAUGGUCAACAACGAAGAUUCAAACGAAGACGUUGUCGUUUAAAUUGUCUAUCAUGUCUAUCAUGACACAUCAUUAAUUUUUUUGUAAUUUAUUCAAAUGAUUUAAAACUCAUGUCAGAAAAAACAAACAAAUAAUUUGCCAAUGUCUUUCUUAAAGAGCGAAUUUCUUUUUGCCUCUUUCUCAACUUGCGUCGCACCCCACCCCACCCCCGGGCUUCUCUCUCUCUCGCGCGCGUGCAAAUUGUAAUAAAACAG